AUGUACACAAUCCCAAGCAGCAAGGUCACUCAAACUGGAGUAUAUAAAGCCGUGCGCAUUAAGGAGAGCAGCAAUUUCACAUUCUCUUUAACAAAGAACAUGUAUUUUAAGGCUGUGGCUAUCGCUGCUCUGGUAGUGGGCUCCCUUGCCGAAUCAGUGCCGAGAUACAGCCCACCUACUCCUGCUUACAGCCCUCCAACUCCUGCCUACCACCCUCCUGCUCCCGCCUAUAAUCCUCCUAUUUCUCCUUCGGGACCCGCACAGUACAACUUCAAUUAUGCUGUGAAAGACGACUAUUCCGGCAACGACUUCGGCCACCAAGAAGGCCGUAAUGGCUACGACACUCAGGGUACCUACUACGUCCAGCUCCCCGACGGCCGCCUGCAGACAGUCACCUACAACGUGAACGGCGACUCUGGAUUCCUGGCUGAUGUGGCUUAUCAGGGAGAGGCUCAGUACCCAGCCCAGCAGCCUUCAAGAACCUAUCAACCUGCUCCUGCCCCAUCCUACCAGCCUGCCCCUACCCCCGCUUACGGAUGAAAAUAAAUGAUAAUGCAAAACCUUUUGAAAGGUUAUGAAUCUGUAUCUGAUGCCUACAAUAUCAGUCAUUUUUUAUAUACGAUAUCA